AUGGCCCCCUUUGCGGUGCUGGUGCUUCUAGCCUACAACAUCUGGAUGAAAACAUACCUCGGCGAAGCCAUAACUGCAGAUGACUUCGCAGCUUCCAAUCUGUUUCUUCAGUGGGCGGCAGAGCGCUUCCCCGACAGUGCUGUCUUCGAAUUCUGGCAAAUGGAGCUCCACGUGAUUCGCACAGAGAUCCAUGAAGCAUCCAGGUGCGUCGAGAGAGUUCAUGCAGUUCUCGGCCACCUGGAGCUACCAGCGAUUGAUUCCUUUCUGGAGCAGAAGAAAGCCAUGUUCUCCUUGGCGCUGCUCGACUGGGCCUCUGCAGCUCAGGGUUUUGAGCGGAGCCUAGCUGUGAGCGAAGUCAAGCAGAGGCGAAGCUACGUGCCAACGCUGUCCUACUUGGCAGGGUUGUGCCGCGUGCUUUGUGACAGCCCUUCUGCAGCGCGCGAGAACUUCGAUCGAGUGCAGAAGUAUGCGAAGAUGAGAAAACGCAACUGGCCUCCUGAAGACGACCUUGCUUUCCUGAAGGUCAAGGACCUCUGUGGAGGGACCUCAGUGGAGGCCACGCGUGCUCUGUUGGAGUUGGUCGAGAUCUCCAUGAUGAAGAUCCACGUCCUCCACACGAUGCCCUCAGAGGAAAAGGGGCAGCUGAAGCAGAAGCUGCUGCAAGACCAUCCGACUCCUGCCAGCGAGACGGCCGAGGAGGGGGCCAGAGCACUGCUCUUCUGCGCGGAGAUCUCACGCCUGCAGGGUGACAACGAGGAGGCUUUGCGUUUCGCAGCAGAGGCUGCGGCGCUGUUGCCAUCUCUGGGAUCCCGAGGCAAUUCCAACGGCACUGCUGCAGCCCUGCAUUUGACCAUGGCGCUGCUAGGAGUGGAAGGCCAUCUUGCUUUGCUGGACAAGUGCCCGAAGUGCUGCCGGGCCUACGAUGAUUCCAUCAAGUUCAAGAGGCUUGGGCUCGAACGGAAAAUCGCGGAUGGGAACAUCCCUAGCACUUCCAGUGGAGACCUCUCUGCUGCAUUGGAGCAAAGCACGGACGAUGCUUGCUGUGGCGAAGGUGAGGAAGAGUUCUUCUCGGCAGAAGAGGAGGAGGCAGAUGGCACGGAGGGGAUCUCAUCCUCUCCUUCAACUGCCAAGGGCGCCUUCUGGAAUCGCUGGAGAUUUCUCAAGCCGCUCACAGUUGACACAGACCUUCCUGCUGACAGUCCUGCCGUCUCCUCGCCCUCGCAGACGUCGCUCAGCUGGGCUUCGGAGGUCGCGGUAAAGGCGCUGCGGGAUCUUGCCAAAAAGUCGGCGGUGGCUGGAGGAUACAUGGGGCACCAAGCCUCAGAACAGCUUGGGCACUUAGCGAACUCCACCGGGUUUCGCAACCUCGCGUCUGCCGGAAGACGUGCCGCUUCCACUGGGAGCAGCCGGCUGCACUUGGAGGCCCUUCUGAAACAGGCAGACCAAGGCGACUGCUCGGUGGUCUCCAUGCCAACUCCCUCUCCUGGAGUUUCGGAGGCAGAGGUUGUGGCCUACUUGAAAUGGGCUCACUGGAAUUCGCUGCGUGGAAUGACGCGACAUGAGGCACUACGACAGUACGGCAUCUUGACGUCCUGCCCUCCGUCGCCCGGUUCUGCCAAGCAGCUUCUGAGGCGGCAGGACAGUUUGCCGCCUGCAGCUGAGCCGACAUGA